AAAAGGUAUAACGAACUUCGUCGCAGUGGAAGCGAAAGUGAAACUGUGAAGGAGAGGGCAUUAUAAUAUCAGUAGAAGAAGGCGACGACGAAGAAGAAGAAGAUGGACGAAGAGCAAGUAGUGAAAUUUGUGGAGACUUAUUUGAAGAAGAAAGGUUUUAAGCAAGCAGAGCUUGCUUUCCAGGAUGAAGUUCAGCACAGCUCCAAUGUCAACUCCGUCGACAUCCAUUCCGAUCCUGAUCUCUCCGUUCUCCUCCUCUCCCUCUCGCAGCCAGAGGAUACUCCAGCUCGAUACAAUGAUGAAUAUAGUAAACUAAGGUCGUGGGCGCAUAGUUCACUUGAUUUGUACAAGCCUGAAUUGCUUCGUGUACUUUAUCCAGUAUUUGUCCAUUGUUAUAUGGAUCUUGUAUCAAAAGGGCAUAUCCAAGAGGCUAGAACUUUUUUCAACACCUUUCGUGAAGAUCAUGAAAUGAUGCACUCACGUGACCUUCAAAAGUUGGAAGGAGUUCUUUCUCCCUCUCAUUUGGAGGAAAUGGAAUUUGCUCAUACUCUUAGGCAGAGCAAAGUCAAUAUAAAGAUAUGUCAGUACUCCAAUGAGCUCCUGAUGCAGUAUCUACGCAAUACAAAAUCGACUAUGAUGCUUGGGAUUGUUAAUGAGCAUAUCAACUUCCAAGUAUCUCCUGGACAGCCUUGCCCGAUUUCAGAUGAUUCUGAGGUUGUGACAUUAAUUGGAAGCAACCAGGAUGCAGCUAAUCAGAUAAAUAAGAAAGAAAUACAUUGGGGGCUGCUUGAAGAUUCUUUGGAGGAACGCUUAGAGAAGGCAGGGGGUUUACUCUCAGAUUCUGAAAAGACUGAAGGAGAAGCCAAAGAGGGGGACCAGGAUGAAACCAAGAAAAGAUCAAUAGAAGGUGGAAAACAAGGUGCAUCUGUUAAAAAGUUGAAAAAAGACAAAGCUGCUAGUGCAACUGCAAAAGUUGUUCGUCCUGAAGCUAAUACUGCACCAAUAGCACCUCGUGUCAAAUCAGAACUUCCUCUGCCAGUAAUCUCAACAGAGGUGGAACAGUCUAUUCUUGAAGACUUGAGAAACCGUGUACAGUUGAGUAGUGCAGCAUUGCCGUCUGUUAGCUUUUAUACAUUUAUCAACACUCGCAAUGGUUUGAACUGUUCUUCAAUAUCCCAGGAUGGAUCUUUGGUUGCUGGUGGAUUCUCAGACUCCUCCUUGAAGAUUUGGGAUAUGGCUAAGCUUGGGCAACAAUCUAGCAAUUCUGUUUUGCAGGGUGAAAAUGAUACUGCUCCGAGUGAACAUGUCCUAGGGCCAAAUGGUGUGAAAAGAUCCUACACGUUAUUUCAGGGUCAUUCAGGGCCUGUUUAUUCGGCCACUUUUAGCCCAAUUGGGGAUUUUAUUCUUUCCUCCUCAGCUGACACAACGAUUCGAUUAUGGAGCACAAAACUAAAUGCAAAUCUUGUUUGCUACAAGGGUCAUAAUUACCCUGUAUGGGAUGUUCAGUUUAGUCCUGUUGGACAUUAUUUUGCCAGUGCCUCUCAUGAUCGAACAGCAAGGAUUUGGUCCAUGGAUAGAAUACAGCCUUUAAGAAUAAUGGCAGGUCACUUGUCCGAUGUUGACUGUGUGCAAUGGCAUGCCAACUGCAACUACAUUGCGACUGGCUCAAGUGACAAGACAGUUAGACUCUGGGAUGUACAGAGUGGGGAGUGCGUCAGGAUUUUCAUUGGUCAUAGGAGUAUGAUUUUAUCACUGGCAAUGUCACCUGAUGGGCGAUAUAUGGCAUCUGCUGAUGAAGAUGGCACAAUUAUGAUGUGGGACCUUUCAAGUGGCCGCUGUGUUUCACCUUUGAUGGGCCACAAUUCAUGCGUGUGGACACUAGCGUUCAGUUGCGAAGGUUCACUGCUUGCAUCUGGCUCUGCUGAUUGUACCGUAAAAUUAUGGGAUGUAACCACAAGCACAAAAGUAACAAGGGCCGAAGAAGGCAAAAGUGGAAGUGCUAACAGAUUGAGGUCAUUGAAAACGCUGCCAACAAAAUCAACACCAGUGUAUACAUUGAGGUUUUCUCGGAGGAAUCUUCUUUUCGCUGCUGGAGUUCUUUCAAAAAUUGUUUGAGGUGCAUACAUUAUUAAGACAUGACACGACUGAAGAUGUCAACUAGCUAAAGAAGUGGAAAGCAUGGGAUUAGAUUGUGUUAUGGAGAAAUGCAGAUGCUGCCCUUGUCUAUGAGAACUUUUUAAUUAAUUUAUUUUUUUUCAUUUAAUUGGAAUGAAACUCAAAUUCGAAAUCUUGUAACAUUAAAGACAGUUUUAAUAUCACCGAUAUAUUGACUUAAA